AGAAGUUCAAGUGCCUCUCUAAUCCGAUUAGGGCACUGAUGGGGCCACGCGGUGACCUACCUCCAACAAGCCAAUGUUUUCAGUUGCACCAAGCUUAGCCACCAAUGCAUCAGCAGCCUUUAAUCCCUACCUGGGACCUGUGUCCCCGAGCCUGGUUCCAGCAGAGAUCUUGCCGACCGCACCAAUGUUGGUUACAGGGAAUCCUGGGGUCCCUGUACCUGCGGCUGCUGCAGCUGCCGCACAGAAAUUAAUGCGGACAGACAGACUUGAGGUAUGUCGAGAGUACCAGCGAGGCAAUUGCAACAGAGGAGAAAACGACUGUCGGUUUGCUCAUCCUGCUGACAGCACAAUGAUUGACACCAAUGACAACACAGUCACCGUGUGCAUGGAUUACAUCAAAGGGAGAUGCUCACGGGAAAAGUGCAAAUACUUUCACCCUCCCGCACAUCUGCAAGCCAAGAUCAAGGCUGCCCAGUACCAGGUCAACCAGGCUGCAGCAGCUCAGGCUGCAGCCACUGCAGCCGCCAUGACUCAGUCGGCUGUCAAAUCACUGAAGCGACCCCUCGAGGCAACCUUUGACCUGGGAAUUCCUCAAGCUGUACUUCCCCCAUUACCAAAGAGGCCUGCUCUUGAAAAAACCAACGGUGCCACCGCAGUCUUUAACACUGGUAUUUUCCAAUACCAACAGGCUCUAGCCAACAUGCAGUUGCAACAACAUACAGCAUUUCUCCCACCAGCUAUUUUAUGACACUUCCUGCUGUAAGACCCCUUUGCCGUCAUGAUUCCAUAGAGUAAAUCUGAAUUCGAUGAAAUGACACUUCCAGUUUUGAUUUUUAUUUUUCAGCCUUUUUGUUUUCAAGGUGGAGAAUAAAAACAAAAACAAAACAAAACAACAACAAAAAACUGACUCUGUGUUCCAGAGCUCUUCAAAAGUGCUCUUAUUGCUACCAAUCAGUACAUUGCUUAAAAUCAUUUUUUGCUCCUGAGCUAAUAUUGAAAUUCUCCUAAGUGCCCAGGGAGGUUUACGUCUACUACUGAGUUAUACAUUUGUGGUUUCAGUUGAUUUCAACUUAGUGACAUAAGCAUACUCUAGUGCUAUCCACAAGGGUAUAAAAUUUAGAAACAGUCAUUUAAUUACUUGA